GGAGGCCUGGUGUGCUGCAAUUCGUGGGGUCGCAAAGAGUCAGACACGACUGAGCGACUGAACUGAACUGAACUGAUGAAAAUAUUACUGUUUCUUAAAAAAAGACACUGGGAAAAUCUUUUGUUUCUGUCUCAUCUUAGAGGCUCAUUAAAUCUUAAGAUACCAUUGACUUGCUCUUUUCCUCCCUGGCUGCUUGAAGAUCAGCCGCCAUCAUGAACGACACAGUAACUAUCCAGACUAGGAAGUUCAUGACCAACCGACUGCUUCAGCGGAAACAAAUGGUCAUUGAUGCUCUUCACCCUGGAAAGGCAACAGUACCUAAAACAGAAAUUCGGGAAAAACUGGCCAAAAUGUACAAGACCACACCAGAUGUCAUCUUUGUAUUUGGAUUCAGAACCCAUCUUGGUGGUGGCAAGACAGCUGGCUUCGGCAUGAUUUACGACUCCUUGGAUUACGCGAAGAAGAAUGAGCCCAAACACAGGCUUGCAAGACAUGGCCUGUAUGAGAAGAAAAAGACCUCCAGAAAACAGCGAAAGGAGCGCAAGAACAGAAUGAAGAAAGUCAGGGGGACUGCAAAGGCCAGUGUUGGUGCUGGCAAAAAGAAGGAGUAAAGAUUCUGCAGUGACUGUAUCUGUGGUGCUUGUGCAGAUUUUUCAUGAAAGAAUAAACUAAGACCUUUUCCAUGAAAAAAAAAAAAAAAGAUACCAUUGACUUAAAAUCCAUCAUUAUUUUAUGUACUGCACAGAAAAAGUACUUAAGAAUAGUACUUCAAUUUAAACUUUUGACAUGCUGUCAAUCAUAAUAUGUAGCCUCAGUUCAGAGGGUUACAGUUUUAAGAAGAUAUUUAUCUUAAUAAGCACAUAAGAAAAAAAUUCAGCAUUACUACUCAUUAGAGAAAUGCAUGUCAAAACCAGGAGUUAUCACCUCACACCCAUUAGCAUGGCUAGAGUCAAAAAACCCAGAAAGUGAUAUUGGAGAGGAUGUAGACAAAUUGAAACUAUUGUGCACUGUUGGUGGGAAUGAAAAAGUGUAGCCUCAUUGAAAACAUUAUGCAGUUGCUCAAAAAAUUAAACAUAGGAUGACCGUGUGAUCCAGCAAUUUCAUUUCUGGAUAUGUAUCCCAAAGAAUUGAAAGCAGGAACUUGAAGAGAUAUGUGUACACCCAGAUUCACAGAAACAUGAUUCAUAUUAACCAAAAGUUGGAAGCAACUCACGUGUCCAUGGAUAGAGGCAUGGAUAAACAAAAUGUGGUGUAUAUGUAUAGUGGAGUGUUAUUCAGCCUUAACACGGAAGGAGACUGCAUAUGCUACAACACAGAUGAACCUGAGGACAUUAUGCUAAGUGAAAUAAGCCAGACACAAAAAGACAAACACUGUAUGAUUGCACUUCUUUGAGGUACCUAGACAUGUCAGAAUCCCAGAGACAGAAGUAGAAUGGUGGUUGCCUGUGUCUGGGGGAUGGUGGGAAUGGAGGUAUUGUUUAAUGGGUGCAGAGUUUCAUUUUUGCACAAUGAAGAGCAUUCUGGAGAUACAUGGUGGUGAUGUUUGCACAGCCAUAUGAAUGAACUUAAUGCCAUUGAACUGCACAGUUAAGUGGUUAAAAUGGUAAGCUUUAUGGUUAAGUACAUUUUACCACAAUUAAAAAUCUGCUUUUCAUGUGUUAGACUUGAUGAAAUAGGGCAUGUUUGCAAACAACUCUCAGUAAGUUCUUUAAGGAUAAUUUGAAAUAGCUUGCCUUUGCUCUGAUAAUGGAAAGAUGGCAGAUCAAGAGGGUUUUGAAUUUCUACUGCACGUUAAGGGAAACCGUGUUCUUUGUUUUCUCACUCGGGUCCUGUCUCUCUUCUCCCC